CUUGUGUUAGAAUUGAAAAUGGCGGUUUCGCGAAUUCAAAUUGCGAGUAAUAAGAAAGCCGCCUUGUCGAAGCAAAAGAUGCGGGAAGUAGCCAAAAUGCUAUCCGAAGAACCGCCCAAAGAAGAAAAGGCGAAAAUUCGUGCGGAAGCCCUCAUUCGGGACGACAAUCUCAUGGAAGCCUAUGAAAUACUGCAACUCGAAUGUGAAUUGAUCCACGAGCGACUCAAACUUAUCGAAUACAGCCGAUCAUGCCCGCCUGAUAUGACUUCCGUCAUUUCGACAUUAAUUUGGGCAUCUCAUCGGGUGGAUAUUCCCGAGCUGCUCGCCAUUCGCAAACUAUUCUGUGCAAAAUACGGCAAAGCUUUUGAAGAAGCCGCACUCGCGAAUACGAAUGGCGUCUUGAACGAACGGGUCGUGACAAAAUUGUCGGUAGAUCCACCGGCUGCAUACCUCGUUCAUAGGUAUUUAGAACGCAUUUGCGAGCAGUAUGAGGUAAAUUGG